CAGCUCCCAUUCAAAUCUCUCUUUUCACCGCAUCUUCCCCUUCUCUUCUAAGUUUUCGUUUGCGUCUCCAAAAACUCAAUCAAUUGAUUCUUAGACACAAGAAACAGAAAUGGUGGAAUCAGAGCCAAUAUAUGAGCAAUUACGCAAGAGGAGACUGGAAGAGAACAAGAAGAGAAUGGAAGAGCUGAAUCUCAAUAAGCUCGCCCAGGCUUUUCAUCAAUCCUCCCCGAAGUCAUCUCCGGCUAAGCAGGUCAAGCCGCGGGGACCUCGGCAGCCGGUGGACUUGACGCCGGUGAGACGGUCUAGCCGUGUUGCAGACAAGCCCAAACCGAACUACAAGGACUCAGCAUUGGAACCUUCGGAGAGGCCUAGAAGGAGCUACCAACGAAGAGAUCUAUUGAACCGGGUUUAUGCUUCAGAUGAAGUAAGAACCUGGGCAAUUGAAAGAGCAGAACAGCUUCAGUCAACUUUAGAUCAAGAUGCCCCAAGUUUUGUGAAGCCUAUGUUUCAAUCGCAUGUUUCUGGGGGGUUUUGGCUAGGUUUGCCUGUCCAGUUUUGCAAGACACACCUUCCCCAGCAUGAUGAAAUUAUGGCUUUGGUGGAUGAGGCAGGAGAAGAGUUUCCAACAAAAUAUCUUGCUGAUAAAACUGGCCUGAGUGGUGGGUGGCGAGGAUUUUCUCUUUAUCAUGAACUAGUAGAUGGGGAUGCAUUAGUAUUCCAUCUUGUUAAGCCCACAGAAUUUAAGGUAUACAUUAUUAGGGCAUAUGAGGCAGAAGACAAUGAAGAUAAUGUCGAAAAUGAAAAUGAUGACAAGGGUUCAGAAGUCACAAAGUUGGACAAGAGUGCAAAACGUACCCGAGCAAGCCGAAAGUAGUUUUCGACGAUUGCAAGUUCAUGUCCUUGAUUCACAGAAGCAAUAGCAUGGGACCGUCUUUUGUCUUUCUUUUUGGAUCCUGGGCUGUAACUUGUUCACUUUGGAUAUGGAAUUACUCUUGGCUUAACUGGAACUGGAAGGACAUCGUCACCACUCAAUAUACACUGUUUGGUCCAAUUUCUUAAAAAGUCUGUUGUGGUCUUGGAGAAACUAAAGUUGAACUAAAUGUAGGUUUUCUUU